AUAUCGGCUAUAAUGUCAUGUCAUACGUCUUCACCCUUUAGGUUCAUCCGCACUCAGACGCGGCCAACCUAUCGGGUCGAUCGGUGCGUAAGUUGAGACGUCGUCGCAAUAAGACCCGAUUGCCCCGAACCCGUCCCUGGAGUUUCCACUCGGACUGGACUGACUGGGAUUACUAUCAAACCCCACUUCAUGGCGAUUACGUGAGCUCUGAGGACAUCUACUACGAGGACGACAAGACUAUCCGCAAUCUGAUUGAGUUCGGAGAGAAUUACGAGACUUGGAUUACUAAUGAAGACAUCGAUGAUCUCAUUAGAGUAUCGACGCCAUUGUCUCCGCAAAGCCUGGAAAAAGAGACGAAACAAAAGGAACCGAUGGGUGAUGUGGAGGAGGAGGAGGUGGCAACACAUCUCCCGGUGCCCCGUAAGGCAACAAAGCGGUCAGCGAUGCGUUUGACGUUCACUUUGUUGAUAUACGCGACUCUGGCUCUGUUUGCCCUGACAUUCAGUCUAACCAAUUACUCGCCACACAUCCAGAAACUGUAUCGCCGGCCGCCACCCAUUUGAACAGCGCUACCAAAGCCAUAGGAACAGCGGCUCUCAUGACUGCAAAUCAUGUGUUUAUAGUAUUUCUUAUCUAAUAGUCCUUUAGAUGUCUGUACUCUUUAGACAUUAAUCCGAUUAUUGAAUGAAUUAUGGCUUAACUGUGACGAUAUGUUUUGCAAAAAAAGUGGUUAAUAUUUUAAUUGAUUUUAACAGAAAGUAUAGUUUGAGGCGAAAAGACACAAAUCUGUGAUGAAUAUAGAGAGCUCUUCAGGUUUUUAUGCCAAUUCACUGCCUGUUUAUACCGUUUCUUAGGUUUUUAAACAGAUUUUGUAUUAUAAAAAACUUAUUAUUUAUAAGUAUUGAGUCGAUUAGCGACUGAAGAAACCUUUUUUAUUAUUUACGAGAGUAUUGACUCAAAAACAGAGCCAAUAUUGAGGUCAAGUGCUCACUGUUUAACACCUCUUCCCUAUUAAAAACUGAACGAUUAAUUAAAUUCAUUUGUGUUCACAAAAUAAAACAGUUUUUUAAUACACAAAACAACAAGAAAAUAAUGAAUUCAGUUGUAUUUGUGAGCAAAUGAGUUGUAACUCCUAUUCCCUCAAUACAAUACUAACAAUGAAUGUAAUGCUUUGUAAAUGAGUGUAAUAUUUAGGUUAAGAUUAGAUUUUCAUUCUCCCUGUUGUAGCCGUACUUCAAAUGUACUCCAAUGUUAAGCCCAUUCGCGAUCUAAUCAAUACAUAUUUAACAUAUAUUACUAAUACCUGUAUUGUAUUGACUAUAACUAUAACCCAAGUGGUGGCAGAUAUUUAAACGCAAGACAUGUGUGUCUUUACUUAUGGUAACGCCAUUUAACACAAUAUGAUAGCGAAUCAUAUAUUAUGUGCUCACAUGACAUGAAUUAUGAAUUAUUAGGGAAUUAUAUCCGCGAUUCAAUCCAAUUACCAAUAAUUUUCCAAUUAAUCGAACUUAAAGUUAACAAAAAGUUUAAUUCAAACUUCAAAUUAUAAUUUUGUACGAAAAAGCCCUUCAAACCCUUAUAAGAGUCCCUAAAAAGUGUUCUCUAAAUCCAAUUUUUUGAUUGCAAAUUAUUUUAUUUAUAAUAAUUUCUCAUUAUUUAUAAAUUCAUUUUUAUCGAAAGUUUCCAUAAAAUCGAAAUCAAAACAUGAAAUUCCGUUUGAAUUAAUGGAUUGUUUUUUCCAUAUUUUUUUAUUGCCGAAAAAAAAUCUCAAAAAAUAUAAUUUAGUUUUGUUGACUGAAUUGUCAUCGUUUUUAAUAUAAUUUAAUUUCCGAUAAUUUAUUGGUUUCCACUCUAUUUUCAAUUGUGUUUUACUUUUGUAUGCCUUAAACCCCUUUGCGAAGCGUUUAACGCUUUACUCUCUUAUUCAACGAAAUAAUUGUCUGUAUUUUCUGUGUUUAAAACUUAUUCUCUCGAG